GACACACGGAAUGGUAAGAUUUACACCCUACACAUAUUUUGUUCACAGAAAAAUGGCAACCUAAUAAAGUAUUAGUGAAAAUUAAUCAGCUUCAGAAAACAGUGCUGCAAGUUUAACAUCAAUAAAUUUCGGUUGAACUCUUCCAAGGCAGCAUCAUCGACACUGCGUAGAAUUCCAUAAUAACAGCAAUGGUACAGUAUCUAGCCGCUGAUAUUCCAAGGAAGGAGAGAAGAUUUAUAUGGCAUGUUGAAAGCCAACAACAACAAUAUGGAUCUUAAUGAACCCAAGAAGCAUGGUAUUUUAGAACAGAUUUCAUUAGCUGUCUAUUGAAAUGCAGCGUAGUUGUGCUGCUGAAAAGGCCCACGUUGAAUUUCACAGAGCAUAAUUCAAAAUGAAAAACAUGUUCGUCAGCCAAUUUAGUCCUGUAGCUGAGUCUAGUGUUCACAAAGCCAUGUCAUAGUCCUUCCUAGCUCGUGGACAUAUUUUUUCAUCCACAUUUCGAUUUAAAAGUCGUUGUAAGGGUUUAAAACAUUGGGUAUAAAGUAUUAACGAAGCGGCGGACUGUGCAGAGGUGUAGAUGUUUAAACACCAGAUUACAAAGGCAGGACCCCUGAGCUUAGGUUAGCUAGUUAUCUUGAAGGAGUUUGAGAUGCGAGAAGUGGACAAAUUGGGCGUUUUCAAUUAUGCAUGUUACAACGGUCUGUUGGUAUGAAUUUUCCCAUCCUGUUCACGAUAUCACCAAUUCUACCGUCUGAAAUGAUCACAGAAAUCAUAGGUCAGUUUCACAUUUCGGUCAUCGCAAAGAUGUGUGAAGACGACACUUUCGGCGCGCUGAGGGGGGAACGGCUUGGGGGUAUAAUCAUUGUAACGAUCAGCGGACUUGUCACUCAAGAUGACAAAUCUUCAUCGUAAAUUUUUUUUCCAUCUACGCAAAAGUGAUGCCACACUAGGAAAGUUUCAGACACCAAUAUUGAUGUCAUCUAUAAUCGUGUAUAAUGAGCAUCUUACCUUUGAGUCAUAUCAAAGAGUGGAUAGUAACAAUUAGCG